CUCUCUCUCUCUAAAGGUCAUCUCUGUCUUAAACGGCGAAGCGUUGAAGUUAAACAUGGGCUGUCUUCUUCGCGUUGUGCUAAAUUCUCGCUGUGAAAAAUGGUAUUAAAAUGAAGGAGCGUGAGGGGGUUGUUGACAUUUUCUGUGCUUCCUGCGUAAGGUGAUGUGUGAUACAGAUAAGCAUUUGCUAGUUCAAUUCUCAUCUGGACAAAUGGGGUUUAAAGUCAACUUACAACCAAGUUGCCUUGCUAGCUUGCUAGGGUUUUCGCGAGUUAUAAGAAGAAGGCGCCAUUGAGAGAGAGAGAGAGAGAGAGAGAGAGAGGGGCUAUAACACCAGAAAAAAAGAGAUGUUGAAGCUUGUUGAGAAGGAUCCACCACAUCCCCUUCAAAUGCGUUUCUUCGAUAUCCUUCAACAAGAAGCUCAAGAAAUUUCCUCCUCAAACUCUUCCAAUGAAGAGGCCGAAGAACCUCAGCUCGUGUCUCUUUGCCUCGGACGUAUGAAUGACAAGAAGGAAACGAGCGAGUCCGACGAUCCUACACAAGACAUCAAGACCAGCCUCACUCUCGGGUUGGACUUCAAAGGUGAAUUCUCGUCAAAGCUCGCACCAGAUCCUCAUCACAAGAGCCAGUUGGAAUUAGAAAAUCCUGAUGAAGAAGAAGGGAAAGAAACUUGUCUGUCAAGUAAGACUCGGAAGACGACUUGUAAUGGUGAAGAUAACGAGGUUUCACAGCCAGAGCAAGUGAAGAGAGCUAGGGUUUGUGUGAGGGCCAGAUGUGACACAGCCACGAUGAACGAUGGAUGUCAAUGGAGAAAAUAUGGACAAAAGAUUUCCAAAGGGAACCCAUGUCCUCGAGCAUAUUACCGUUGUACGGUUGUCCCGGCAUGCCCCGUUAGAAAACAAGUCCAAAGAUGUCCCGAAGACAUGUCCAUAUUGACCACGACCUACGAGGGCACUCACAACCACCCACUUCCCAUUUCAGCCAGGGCCAUGGUUUCCACCACCUCGGCCGCUGCUUCCAUGCUCCUGUCUUCUUCUUCAACCUCGACCUCCGACCAAUCCAGCCUCUCUGGUUCCACGUUCCACACAGGCCUAAGCUUCAGCCCGUAUGACAGUCAUUCAAGAAGCAGGCCCUUCUCGUUCCACCCAAACCCUUACUCGGCUUUGAACCCAACAAUCACUCUAGACCUCACCCAUGAUGCGCCAUCCACUUCGACCAUGAGCCACUUCAAGCCCAAGUCCAACGUCGGGCCGACAUCUUUAUGGGGCUACGAUUACACGAGUGGCCGUCCCAUGUUGUUGCCUGGUUACGUUAGGGCCCAAACUGGGCCAAUUGGACAAGAGAAGCAGCCGCAGCAAGAGCAGAUGAAUCCCAGCACCACCGUGGACAAGGACCAACAGAUUUAUUCUCAACAGUCUCUGACGGAGACCCUGACCAAGGUGCUCACGUCGGACCCGAGUUUCCGGUCGAUUGUGGCGGCAGCGAUUUCGUCCAUGGUUGGAGGCGAUAAGGCACCUACCGGCCAAGGCGGAACGGGAAGAUUUGGCCCGGCCGGACUAUGAAACAUCAAAGAGAGAUGCAACGAUGUUCUCUGUUUUCCCCUAGGUGAUGAGCUGGGACAAGAUUCUACAACAAAAAAAAUCCUUCUCUGGGGAUAAAAAAAUGCUAGUUUGCGAAAAUUUGUAAGUUCCGCAGAUGUUGAUGACUUCCAAUAAUCAUGAAGGCAUAAAACAAAACUAGUUAAUU